UUCGAACUUGCGUUGGCGAGAAAAAUUCGAUAUCUUACUCUAUCGGAAAAUUUUAUUUCAUUAUGAGUUUCCAUAUGUCGGUGAAAUGAAGAUAUACGCACUGUACAGUUGAGGGUGAAAAUGAUUGUUUUUCAUACUUCAAGUUCCAUUCAUUAUUAUAAGCUUGCAAUGCACCAUUAUUCCACAUGGUACCACACCUCUUCAUCGAGUUCUUAAUGUUGAGGACCGAGAAAGACUUUAUUGGAAAGUAAAAGCGGCAAGGCUUUGGACGUACCUACAUAUCGUUGGUUCUUGAUCAGUCUAUCGCGAUAUAUUAGCUUCAAGUUAUUUCAACUAACGGAAUCACAACAAUUCCGCAUUCUGGUGUCAAACGAGAUAACUUUUGAUAGAGAUAUUGAUGAUGGUUUUACUUCUGCUCAAGUUGAAUUGAUAUGGAUCCAGUCAGUGAUGGUAAACACAAAUUGAAGACUACAAUGACUCAAAAUAGUUCAAAUGAUGAUGCUCCUAGCUGGAAGUUUUGGCAUAAGAGGAGAUAUGUUGUCGCUACGAUGUCAUUCUUCGGAUUUUUCAUCAUUUAUGCCCUUCGCGUUAACUUGAGCAUUGCAAUUGUAGCUAUGACAGCAAAUAUAACUGUAGUACUAGAAAACGGAACUAUAACUUAUACCAAAGAAUUCGACUGGGAUUCCACAGUUCAGGGAUAUGUCUUGAGUUCUUUCUUUUAUGGAUACAUCACAACUCAGCUUAUAGGAGGAUGGAUGGCAAUGAGGAUGGGUGGUAAAAAACUGUACGGUAUGGGAGUAGCAGCAACAGCCUUGCUGACUCUCUUAACACCCUUAGCAGCAGGCAUGGGCGUAAUUCCUUUAAUACUGCUGAGAGUCUUGGAAGGUGUUUUUGAAGGCGUCACUUACCCAUGCAUACAUGCAGUUUGGUCACAAUGGGCACCUCCAUUAGAAAGAAGUAGACUAGCAACCAUUGCUUUCACUGGAAGUUAUGCAGGAACAGUUGUGUCUAUGCCAGCUUGUGCUCUCUUAGCGCAAUGGUUUGGUUGGCCCAGUAUAUUUUACGUUUUUGGUGUAGUUGGCCUCUUCUGGUAUUCCCUCUGGGUUGUACUGAUCUCAGAAAGGCCUUCUGAAGAUCCUCUAAUAACAGAUGCAGAGCUAAGAUAUAUAACAGAAUCACUGGGAGAAGGCAGUGAGAAGAGAAUAAAAUAUCCAUGGAAGAGUAUAUUCACUUCCAUGCCUGUGUGGUCAAUAGUUAUUGCUCAUUUUAGCGAAAAUUGGGGUUUUUACACCCUGUUGACUCAACUACCAAAAUUCCUGAAAGAUAUAUUAGAUUUCGAUUUGGCUGAGACUGGAGCUAUGGCAGCUCUUCCUUAUUUAGCUAUGUCAAUAAUGCUUCCUCUUUCUGGGCAACUUGCUGACUGGUUCUUAGUAAGAGGAGUUUUUAAUGUAACUCAAGUAAGAAAAAUAUUUAACUGUGGAGCUUUCAUAUCCCAGACUAUUUUCAUGAUGGGUACUGCAUAUGCUUCAUCGGCUACAGUUUCUAUGAUUUGUCUCAUAUUGGCCGUUGGAUUAGGAGCCUUUGCAUGGGCCGGAUUUAGUGUAAAUCAUCUAGACAUUGCACCUUCCCAUGCAAGUGUUUUGAUGGGAAUAGGAAAUAGUUUUGCAACACUUCCUGGAAUAGUGAGUCCUAUUCUAUCAGGAUACAUUGUAACUACACCUACUAAAGGAGAAUGGCAAAUUGUUUUCUACAUAACAGCAGCAGUUUAUUUGUUUGGUUGUUUGUUUUAUUGGUCCUUCGCAUCUGGAGAAGUCCAAAGUUGGGCCAAAGAGUCUGAAACUUUGCAACCUGGAAACCAAUUGGGCAAUAUGGAACACGGAAGAGGAAACGAUAACCAAACUUUUCAGAGUGAUGAAAACACUCCUGACAAGAGUCCAGGAUGGAAGUUUUGGAAAAGGAGACGAUAUGUUGUUGCAUUCAUGGCCUUCCUAGGUUUUUUCAACGUAUACGCUCUAAGAGCGAAUUUAAGUAUAGCUAUAGUAGUAAUGACAGAAAAUAAACCAGUAAUGAUUGGUAAUGACACAGUUUACAUGGGAGAAUUUGAUUGGGACUCCAGAUUGCAAGGUUAUGUCUUGAGUUCAUUUUUUUAUGGCUAUAUAACCACGCAGCUGUUGGGUGGUUGGUUAGCUACAAUAGUUGGAGGUCAGAGACUUUUUGGGGUGGGAGUUGGAGCUACUGCUUUCCUGACCUUGGUAUCACCUGUAGUGGCAAAAACAUCGGUUUACUUGUUCAUUGCACUGAGGGUAGUGGAAGGUAUAUUUGAGGGUGUGACAUAUCCAUGUAUACAUGCCGUAUGGUCCCAAUGGGCACCACCACUAGAAAGAAGUAGACUAGCAACUUUUGCCUUCACAGGUUCUUAUUUGGGCACCGUGGUAUCAAUGCCAGUAUGUGCCCUUCUUUCCCAAUGGCUUGGAUGGCCUAGCAUUUUCUAUGUUUUUGGAGUUGUUGGUCUUAUAUGGUUCGCCAUGUGGAAUAUUUUGCUCUCAGAAAGGCCAACCAAAGAUCCGAAAAUAUCUCCUGAGGAAUUGAAGUACAUAACAGAAUCUUUGGGUACUGUGGAGAAGAAGAAGGUGAUACAUCCUUGGAAGAGUAUUUUGACUUCAGUGCCUGUUUGGGCUAUCAUCGCAGCUAAUUUCAGUGAAAACUGGGGGUUCUAUACGUUUUUGACUCAGCUACCGAAAUACAUGAAAGACAUUUUGAAGUUCGACAUAACACAUACAGGAUUCAUGACAGCCUUACCCUACUUAGUCAUGUCGAUCAUGCUCCUUUUGUCUGGCCACAUAGCCGACUGGUUCCUGGUGAAAAAGAUUCUUACCGUGUCCCAGGUCCGCAAACUUUUCAAUUGUGGUGCCUUCAUUUCACAAUCUGUGUUCUUGAUUGGUGCUUCUUUCGCUACUACAGCAACAAUGGGGAUGAUUUGCCUAAUAUUUGCUGCUGGUUUAGGGUCCUUCUCGCUGGCUGGAUUCAGUGUGAAUUAUUUAGAUAUUGCACCACAACAUGCUAGUGUCCUUAUGGGUAUUGGGAAUACCAUUGGAUCCAUUCCAGGAAUUGUGAGUCCCAUUCUAUCUGGAUAUGUGGUAACGACUCCUACGAGAGGAGAAUGGCAGGUGGUUUUUUUCAUCAGCGCUGGGAUCUACUUAAGCGGCUGUAUAAUCUACGGAUUUUUUGCCACUGGAGAAUUGCAACCAUGGGCUAUACCAAAGGAAACAGAAAAGCCAAAACCGGAAGAGAAAACAGAAAAAUAUACAAAUGGUUAUGACAACAACGCAUUCCAGGCCAAUUCAUGAUAUGAUUCUCAUCAUAUUCGAUUUAAAUAGUAUUAUAAUAAUGUUUUAUAUCUCAAAUAAUAAUGUUCCUUAUUGAAUAUUGAAAUGUGUAAAUGAAAAUUUAAAUUGAAAUAUAAUUUAUAUUAUUCAGAA